GUUGAAUCUCUUGUCGUUCUGCCUUGAACUAGAGAUCGGUCGCAUACGUGUCGUUUCUCUAAGGCUUAUUUUCUUUCUUUCUUUUAUUCGUUUAUAUACCCUCCCCUUCUUCCUCUCUCCCCGCCGAAGACACGUUCCUCCACUAUCGCCGCUGCGGUGGUAGUUAUCUUUAAAGACCAGCUAGUAGUUGAUUUAGCUGCCCCCUCCGUGAGGGACACUCACGACUGUCCGCACCACCCACACCAGCCAUGGAUUUCCUCAAAUCUGCCGUCGCAUCGGCGAUCGCAAAGGGUAGUUCAUUCCCUUACUCGCUCGGGGACAGAGUCGACCUCUCCGACUCGAUCUGGACGCUACACAAUGCUACGAAACGGGAAGACGGUUCGCCCUGCAGCGUCUUUACCUUCGAUAUUGCUUCCAAUAAGUCCCGUCUGCCGUUGGCGAAGAAUGCGGUGCGCAAGUCCCGGACGCUGAGACAUCCGGGUGUGAUUAAGGUCUUGGAUACGAUAGAGACGGAAGCUAGCCUUUAUAUUGUCACGGAACGAGUCGUGCCCCUUUCGUGGCAUGUUAAGCGGAGGAGUCUGAGCGAGGAGACGUCCAAAUGGGGGUUGUAUACUGUGGCGUCUACGCUCAAGUUCAUCAACGGAGACGCGGCCUCUGUUCAUGGUGUUGUCAGGGCCUCCUCGGUAUUCACAAGCGAGAGUGGGGAAUGGAAGCUGGGCGGUUUUGAUAUUCUGAGUUCAAUGAACGAUGAAAAUGCGGUCAUUUAUACAUAUGGUAGUCUCGUUCCUGACGCGGCUCGAUUCACACCUCCGGAGGUCGUCAAGAGCGGAUGGGACACGAUCAAACGGAACCCGCUGACUGCGAUUGAUUCUUACGGGCUUGGAAUACUAGUUUACGAGGUCUACAAUGGCAACUUCACUGGCGGGGACCAGGUGGGCAAGACGACGAACAUCCCGCCCAGUAUGCAUCAGAGCUAUAAACGCCUGUGCACGGCGAAUCCCAAACUGCGUCUGAGCCCUGCCCACUUUGUUGAGCAGGGGAAGAAGAGCGGCGGCUUCUUCGAAACCCCACUUAUCCGGUUGACGGACGAUAUUGAGAGUUUGGGGCUCAAGAACGAUGCAGAGCGAGAGGAGUUUGUCAACGAGCUUGAUGAGUUGUCCGACGACUUCCCGGAGGAAUUUUUCAAGAUGAAGGUGCUUCCAGAGUUGCUCAAGUCGGUUGAGUUUGGCGGAGGUGGCCCCAAGGUACUGGGGGCUAUUCUGAAGAUCGGGGCGAAGUUAUCCCAGGAAGAGUUCAACUCAAGACUUACGCCUGUCGUUGUCCGACUCUUUGGAAACCCGGAUCGAGCACUGCGGGUCUGCUUGCUCGAUAACCUCCCGGUGAUGAUUGACAACCUGCCUCAAAAAAUCGUCAAUGACAAGAUCUUUCCUCAGAUUACCUCCGGCUUCACCGACGCCGCACCCGUCGUCCGAGAGCAGACGGUCAAGGCUGUUUUGCCAAUCAUCAACAAGCUCAGCGACCGUGUCAUCAACGGUGAUCUGCUCAAGUUCCUCGCACGUACCGCCAACGAUGAGCAGCCGGGAAUCCGUACAAAUACCACAAUCUGCUUGGGCAAGAUAGCUAAGAAUCUCGGACAAGGCUCGAGAUCCAAGGUCCUUAUUGCGGCCUUCACCAGGUCUCUUCGGGAUCCCUUCGUCCACGCCCGGAGCGCUGGUCUGCUCGCUCUCGGAGCGACGUUGGAGUUCUUCACCGAGGAAGACUGCGCGACAAAAGUGCUUCCGGCUAUCUGCCCUUCCCUUCUGGAUAAGGAAAAGAUGGUCAGAGACCAGGCGAAUAAGACACUCGACUUGUAUCUCCAGCGUAUCCGAAAGUACGCCAGCACAAUGGCAGACACGGUAAUUCCUCCGGCAGCCAGUGCAGAUCCGACAAAGGAUACAGCCCGUAUUGGCACAUCUAACGACAAGUCAUGGGCUGGAUGGGCAAUUUCCUCGUUCACCAAUAAGCUCACGGCGGCCAAUGGCGAAAUCGAACCCACCGCCAACGGUACUAAACCGGUUGAGCCUGAACCAGCUCGUCCAGCUUCUGUUCCCCGCCCAACGAGGGCGUCAUCGUCGGUGCAGAAAGAGACACUACGGCCUGCAACUCAGUCUCUGAAUCGAUCCAUGUCGGAGCAACCACCAACUUUGGCUAAAGAAGAGGAUGAUACAGAAGAUGUCUACGACGCGUGGGGUGCAAUGGACGAUGAUGAAGACGAGCAGCAAGUAGAGGAGGACCCGUUCAGUGCGACAGCAACUAGCAGUCCAACAGUUUCUGCUCCUGCACCUGCCCCUGCACCUAAAGCAGCGCCCGUUCCGUACGAUGAUGGCGGCGAGCCGGACUUUGCUGGUUGGCUGGCCGCCCAGUCCAAGUCAAAGAAGCCAUUGCCAAAGGGUUUGAAUAAAUCCAGUCCCACCUCGGCAUCACGGCCAUCUAGCCGCAGUAGCACGGCUAAGCCCAGGACCGUUGUCGCACCAGCGAAAAAGAUCGACACGACACCUAAAGACACUGAGGAGGACGACGGUUGGGGAGACGCUUGGGAUUAGCAGUAUAGAUCCUUAAUACCCGCAUAUUUCUGUUCAUCGGGGUACAUAUUCCCUUGCACUAUAUCGUGAUUAUAUUUCUCAUCUUGCGACAUAUCCAAGGCAUUCAAGGCAGGGGAGUUUGGGCGCCAUGCAGUAUAUAGUCCGGUUAAUUGCUUAUUCGUUGCUGCUGCAUAUGAGUUGCGAUAGGAUAGAAUCAAUCAUUGCAGAC